AAAAUAAUCCAACAGCGUGCCCCAGCUCCUAUUCCGCACAUGCGCCCUACAAUGAUCUUGAAUAUAUGAUCUUCUGCUCUGCCGUCUGCCAUAUCGCUUCUGAUCGUCUACUCUGACCUCAAGCAUGGCAAUGACGAUCGAUCUAGGGCCACUAGGCCAGCAAAAUCUCCCUUCAACUCUGCUUAUAGGCGUUGGGGUGCUCACGCUAGCCUCGAUCGCUUUUACUGUGACAAGAGUGUUUCUGAGUACCUUCAUUCUGCCAGGAAGAUCCCUAUCCUCCUACGGCGGGAAAGGUUCAUGGGCUGUUGUGACCGGCGCGUCCGAUGGCAUUGGGAAAGAAUAUGCUCUACAAUUGGCAAAGAAAGGCUUCAGUCUCAUCCUGGUCUCCCGCACUGCCUCGAAGCUCGAAUCCCUCUCGGCCCAGAUCAAGACCUCUUCUCCCAACGUCUCAGUGGAAACUCUGGCCAUGGAUUUCUCGCAAAACCUAGAUAAAGACUAUGCGUCGCUGGCAUCGCUGGUACAAGGCAAACGCGUUGCCAUCCUGAUCAACAACGUGGGCCAGAGUCACAGCAUUCCUGUGACUUUCGCGGAAACGCCCUUGCCCGAAAUGACAAACAUCAUCAAUAUCAACUGUCUGGGCACACUCCGGGCAACCCAGACAGUGCUCCCAAGCAUGCUGCCACAAAAGAAAGGGCUGAUCUUGACAAUGGGAUCUUUCGGCGGAUUGACGCCCACACCACUGUUGGCAACAUAUUCUGGUUCAAAAGCAUUUCUUCAACAAUGGUCCAACGCUCUGGCCUCCGAGCUGGCCCCAAGUGGCAUCGACGUCUUCUUUGUCCAUUCGUACCUGGUUACGUCCUCGAUGUCCAAGAUCCGCCGAGCGAAUUGGCAGGUCCCUACAGAAAAGGCGUUUGUGAAAUCCACAUUGGCGAAGAUCGGUCGAAGGGGUGGGAGCAUUGGCUACCCAUACAGUGGAAGCCCUUACUGGAGCCAUGCCCUGGUGGCAGCACUGAUCACGGGCGUACUUGGUCCAAUGAACAGCAUCUUACUUGGAAUUAAUAAGAAGAUGCAUGUGGAUAUCCGGAGAAGAGCAUUGAAGAAGGCGGAGCGUGAGGCACAGAAGGGCAAAAAGGCUGCAUAAUGGUUCGGCUGUGGUUAUGUGGCAAUCAUCUCUUAACGUAUUACUUUCACCCAAGAUGGCCUCUGCAAGCAUUCGGGUAGAAUCGUGUCGCCAGGAGCCUAGAAUCAAAGUAUAGAGAGGCUCUCUAGGUCAAGACGAUGGCAAUGUUACCUAUGCAUAUCGAA